ACGAGAAGCACGCGAGCGAUUUGGGGAGCCUGCCAUAUCGUUCAUUCCAUCACUUUCUGGGGUGCUGCCCACCCCUUCGCCUGCGAUCCGCCUGUACGUCGCUCGCGACCCCUACAUCAUUGCCGUCGCAGGUGGUGACGCCCAGCGUAUGUCAGAUAUCUGUGCUAUUUCAAGGCACCUCCCUGCUUUUGGCCAGGGAAGAGCGAGGAUCACCGCUGACACACGCCUCACCUUCCCUCCGACCCUUGUUGAAGCAUAUAUAAAUUUGACCGACAUCCCCAACCCCCUCUGUCAAGUGUGGUUAUUGUCUGUCUUCCAGAGACAGAAAAUCUCAGCUCGCCCCCAUUUCUUGUCCUGAUCGCCAUCAACCAUGUCAUCCUCUAGGGGGGUCCUUCGCUUCCUCAGGACUAUCCAAGUCAUGAGGCUCUAUGAGACUUAUAUCAGCCGUGCCAGCCCGACUCAACUGUCGCUGCUGGAGUCCGCCGUGUCCUCGCCACAGAACAACAAACACUACAACGGCCAGGACGAUGUUUUUCAGCUGGCGGGAAUCCUUGCAGAAAAAAUUAUCCGGAACCAUGCUUACCAGGACGGAAACAAAAGGACUGCGCUCCUGGCGGCAGACAUGUUCCUGAAGAUCAACGGAUUCCAGUUGCAGAAAAAACCUUUUGACAGAGAUGAGGUCAAUGACGGUCUGAAGGAUGCACACUUGGCGGUCGCGGCGAAUCGAUGGACUGCCGGCAACCUAGCAGAGCACUACAAAGGCAUCGCGAAGCCUGUCAGCAAAAUAUGCCGCGAAAUUCGACAAUACGUCAAGGAGUCUGAGGAGUCCUGAUGGUGUUUGCCGCCUAGUAACUGAGGCCGUUCGACACAAGCAGCAAGGGAGCGGUAUCUAACAUCUUUAGCAAGCGAAAGGGUGGCGGCAGCGGCAAUGGCUAGCUGUAAGAAACGGGACUUCAUUAGGUUCGAUUGCAGGAAUGAUGGACAGCCGUAACAGAGAUAGGUCGGCGUAUCAGACCCGGCAGUUACAAUAUAGAUUUCUAGCCCAUAUACCGCGUGAUACUUCUACGUGUGCUUGAGCGCCUCCAACGUGUCCUUGAGCUCCUCAGCGCUAUCCCUCGAUGCCCGUUCAAAGUCUU